AUGUCAGUUACUAAUGAUAGCACAGCUGAAGUUUUGCUUACACAUCAGCAAAUAUUUCAGGUUGCACUGACAGAGGGACCAAUAUCAAAAGUUAGUUUUGUAAUAUUAAUGUCUCUGUUUUUUACUUAUUUGAAUGCCAUUAUGGUCUACACUCUUUGCAGCAAGCCUGUUUUUAAAGAGACUCCACGCUACAUUCUGUUUACCCACAUGCUUCUUAAUGACUCAAUUCAGCUCUUUGUUACAUCUUUGUUGUAUAUUUUUGGUCUCGCCUAUCUCAAGUUAGUAAUGGCUGCUUGUGCUUUUCUGGUUUAUGUUUCAAGUACAACUUUCCGUAACGCACCUUUAAAUCUGGCUCUAAUGUCAAUAGAGCGUUUUGUGGCCAUAUGCUUUCCUCUAAGACAUGCUGAAAUAGUCACUCAGAAAAGAACUUAUAUUGCCAUUGGAAUUAUUUGGUUUAUGGGUUUGUUGCACUUUAUAACUGACUUGCUUUAUGUAGUACUGAUGGAUCCUAAAUUUUUAACCUCACAAAUAUUCUGCACAAGAGAAAGGCUUUUCAUAAAGCAAUGGCAACUAGAUGCUUAUCAGGGCUUUAAUGUAUUCUACUUUGUGUCAGUGUCCAUAAUUAUCCUUUUCACUUAUAUUAGCAUUUUGAACACAGCCAGGUCUAUUUCCUCCAAUAAAGACUCUGCUACAAAAGCCCACAAGACUGUUCUGCUGCACCUCAUUCAGCUGGGCCUGUGCCUUACUUCCUUUCUCUACAGCAUUAUAGAGCGAGCUGCAGCAAUGGCCGGCAGCAGCAGCCUCUUCUUGGACCUGCGUUAUCUAAACUACUUAUUUGUGCUGAUCUUGCCACGCUGCCUAAGCCCACUCAUCUACGGACUGAGAGACAAUGCUGUACGGCCUUUAUUCAUCUGCUACUUUCACUGUGCCACAGGCAAACGCAGGUCUACUGUCAGUGUACACUGA